CACACAUUUUUUUUAUGACUAAAAGCACAGCAAAGAUAAAAUGAUAUUGUUUAAGCACUCUGCCAGCUAUCUAAUCAUCUGUUGAGUGACGAAUAAAAAAGUUCACGUAAAACCUGACACUGGUUUAUUAAGUUAAGUUGCCAAUUUAUGUAAGGUUGCGAUUUAUUCUGGUUGCAAAAUUUGACAAAUUGCAAGUGCCGAAAAUUGGUAAUUAGUUUAUAAUGAGUUAUAAUAAUAAUAAUAAUGCCGAAAAAAGUCGGCAGACUGUUCAAACCUGCUGUAGCGACGAAGAAAACUCAUUCAUGUUGGACGACCACGAAGUAAUCACGGAGGAUGGAUACAUCUUAAAAUUACAAAGAUUGGUAAAACGUGAGGAAAAGAUUUCUCCCGAAGAUGCGAAGAAACCUGCCGUUCUGCUUGUGCACGGGCUGACUUGUCACGGGGACAAUUGGUGUUUGCCACAUGUCAGUUUGUCUUAUCUUCUGGUUGAGCAAGGAUUCGACUGUUGGAUUCCGACUUUGCGGGGUUCAUCCAUGAAACAUGUGUCGUUGUCGGUAAAGUCGAAGAAGUUUUGGGAUUUCUCGUUUCACGAAAUGGGUGUAUACGACCUGCCCGCAAUUAUUAAUUAUGUUCUAGACUUGACCGGAAAUGCAAACCUAUCCUACGUCGGGCACUCCAUGGGUUUCACGGUUCUCUUUGCCCUGUUAUCCACCAAUCCGGAAUUUUGUUCGAAAGUGAAUGUUUGUGUUGGGUUGGCCCCGGCACAUUAUGGGGAGUAUAUUCGCGGCUUAGUUUUCAAAAUAUCCCUAGGUCUUGGAAGUUGUGUGGGGGCGAGCAGUUACAUUCGGAGACACCCAAUCACCAAUCGCACGACUCAUAAGCAUAUCCGGUAUGUGGUUCCGAAAUCUAAACAAAUUGGUUUUUUGUCGGGAUGUUGCAUGCAUCCAAGUGGAGAGGUGAAGAGUCAAAAUAGUACUCAGCACAUUGAGAAGGAAAUAUAUUGGAAAAGGUCGGCAAACAAAACAUCGAUCAAAGUCGUGUGUCACGGCCUUCAAUGCUUUUCGGCCGGCCAGUUACAAAUGUAUGACUAUGGAAGGUCAACAAAUAGAAAGGUGUAUGGUCAACCUACUCCCCCGAAGUAUGAGGCUGUCCAUAUUUCUACUCCAGUUGCUACCUUCUCCUCAACCGGGGAUCUCUCGUGCACACCUCAGGAUGUCGCACGACUCUCUGGAGAACUGCCGAACCUUAUCAGCCACAUUGUUAUUCAAGAUAAGAGCUUUUCACAUUCUGACUUUGUGUUCGGAGAAAAUGCACGUGUUCAAGUGUUUCAGGACGUGAUUCUAAUUUUGUUAAAGUAUAACAAAAAUAUUAAAUAAAUCAGUUUUAUAUGAGUACCUGA